AAAAAAGAUCCAGAAAAAAUAUAAGAUGAUCACUUAGUUUAAAAUCUACUUAAAACUAAAAUUGUUUUAUAUCAGGUUCUGCUACUAGCUGCAUCAAUUAUCUACAAGAUUUUAAGAACAAACACGUGAUAACGAUCAGCCUUGUUUGUUUUUGUUGAAAAAAAAACUUAAAUGGAUAAUAACAAAACCAUUAAGCAAGAGCAUGUCAUCGGUGACAAUUUGAAUUUAUCAAUUAACGGUACCAAUUUACAAAAUGUGGACGAUGCUUGUAAUAAAGAAAAGUGGUACUACAUUGAUAAAGAUAUGAUACCAGCUAAAUUAACUUAUUUUUUCAUAGGUGCAGAAAGAUCGUCCGUAUCACCUUUUCUAACCAUUUUUUUAAUAAGUAUUGGUCUAAAUCUAAAACAAGUUGGUUACGUUAUUUCUUUUACUUACGUUGGUCAAAUUAUAGGAAGCGUUUUUUGGGGUGUUAUAGCUGACAAAACUGGUGCACAACGUGUUAUAUUUAUAUUGUUAUGCUUUUUUUAUGGCACGCUCUCAUUGUCAAUUUCUGUCGUUAGUUCAAGAAUAGGAGAAAGAAGUAAAAACCAUUGCCCAAUUAUAUUAAGCAACAAUGUUUCUAACAUCACGGUAAACAGUUCAACAUUAAUUAACAGACACUUUGGUGGAUAUGUUCCAGUAUCUUCAACAGUUCUGACAUAUGUUAUAGCAACUUUGGGUUUUUUUAUGGCAUCUUUUAGUGGAAGUAUUUACAGCUAUAUUGAUGCUAGAGUUAUUGAAAAAGUGAAAGUAUCGGUCAAAGAGAAAAACUUUGGGAGGCAGUUUAUGUUUUCAAACAUUGGGUUUGCCUGCGGGGCAUUAGUUUCAGGAAAAGUAAUGGAUAUAUUUCCGAUUGCAGACAUAUCAUGCUAUUUUGCAGUAUAUCUUGUUUCUGUAAUAUUUUUAUCAGCUUCAUGUAUAAGUUUCCAAUAUUUGUACAGAAGUACAAAAACAUCUAAAACUGAAGUUAAAAAAAAAGAUGAAAAAGAAGAAUUAAGGUCAGAAUCUUUUCAAAAAGAUCUUAUAAAAACACUGUUAAGCUUAGAAGUGAACCUCUUUUUCAUCACAAUCAUUGUGAACGGUCUAUUGUAUAGCAUAUACUUGAGCUAUUUUUUUUUAUUUAUGAGGCAACUUAAAUCUUCUAAUUUGUUAAUUGGAUUAACAGUAGCGUUUGGAUCAACCUCAGGUGUGGUUGUAAAUUUUUUUAAUGGAGUAAUCAUAAAACUACUUAGAGGAACAUUUAACACAAUGAUUAUGUGCACGUUUCUUUGGUCGGUUCGUUAUUUCAUCUUUUACUUCUUGAAGAAUCCUUGGUUAAUCAUACCGUUACAACUGACUCUCCAUGGAUUAAGUCUGUCGCUGUUUUUUAGUGUAAAAUCAGAACAUUUAAAACUUAUUGCUCAAAAAAGUAUUCACACAACAAUGUUUGGAAUUGUUCAAUGUUUACAUAGUGGCGUAUCAAUGAUUAUUGGAAGCCUAAUAGGUGGAAAAUUGAUUGAUACUUACGGCGCUCGAAAAACAUUUCUUUAUGCUAGCAUAUUUGCACUAUCGUGGUCAGGAACUUUGUCUACGUACUUUAUUGCUAAACGGUUUCGGUUGUUAUGGGGUAAAAAUGGAUCUAUAUUUGCACUACAGCCUGAAUUCUUAAGUGAAAGUAACUUACAUACAAACAAAAACUGUAAGGAUAUAAUUAAGUUUUAAACAUUUACAGAGUUAUAUUAAUAAUUAUAUAUCGGUAAAAAAUUAAAACAUAAUUAUUUUUUUAAUAACGAAAGUUAUGUAAUAUAUCUAGUGUUUUUUUUAAUUGUGGGGUAAAGUAUAAAUGGCAAUGAUACGAAACGUUGGUAAUAAUAAAUGCAACUCUGAGGAGAAGUUUAAUUCCACCGCUGUAUAAAAAAUGAUU